AUGGGCAAGCGGAAGAAGUCGACGCGCCAGCCCGGUGCGGGCAAGGCCAAGACGCCGCCGCUGGACACGGUAUUCACAUGCCUGUUUUGCAACCACGACAAGGCUGUGUCGUGCAAGAUCGACGACAAGGCUCGCAUCGGCUACUUGAGUUGCAAGAUCUGCGGCCAAAAAUUCUCUGCAGACACAGACACGCUGUCCCAGCCGAUCGACGUGUACUCGUAUGUGGAUGUCGCUGGGCAAGAUGCAUAG